GCCCCCGCCCCCCGCGCCCCGCGCGCGCUCGGCCCCGCGAGCCGCAGCCAUGCCGCCGCGGCGCAGCAUCGUGGAGGUGAAGGUGCUGGACGUGCAGAAGCGGCGGGUGCCCAACAAGCAUUAUGUCUACAUCAUCCGGGUCACGUGGUCCAGCGGCUCCACCGAAGCCAUCUAUCGGCGCUACAGCAAGUUCUUUGACCUCCAGAUGCAGAUGUUGGACAAGUUUCCCAUGGAAGGAGGACAGAAGGACCCCAAGCAGCGGAUCAUCCCCUUCCUGCCAGGCAAAAUCCUCUUCCGACGAAGCCACAUCCGGGACGUGGCCGUCAAACGCCUGAUACCAAUCGAUGAAUACUGCAAGGCCCUCAUCCAGCUGCCCCCCUACAUCUCCCAGUGUGACGAGGUGCUGCAGUUCUUUGAGACGAGACCCGAGGACCUGAAUCCCCCCAAAGAGGAGCAUGUUGGGAAAAAGAAAUCUGGGAGCGACCCGACCUCGGUGGACCCCAUGGUCCUGGAGCAGUACGUGGUGGUGGCCGACUACCAGAAGCAGGAGAGCUCGGAGAUCAGCCUCAGCGUGGGCCAGGUGGUGGACAUCAUCGAGAAGAAUGAGUCAGGUUGGUGGUUCGUCAGCACCGCUGAAGAGCAAGGCUGGGUGCCCGCCACCUGCCUCGAAGGGCAGGACGGUGGGCAGGACGAGUUUUCCUUGGAGCCCGAGGAAGAGGAGAAGUACUCAGUCAUCUACCCGUACACGGCGCGCGACCAGGAUGAAAUGAACCUGGAGAGAGGGGCCGUGGUGGAGGUCAUUCAGAAAAACCUGGAAGGCUGGUGGAAGAUCAGGUACCAGGGCAAAGAGGGCUGGGCCCCGGCCUCGUACCUGAAGAAGAGCAGUGGGGAGCCCUUAUCCCUGAAGCUGGGCCCCGGCUCCCCUGCCCACACGGGCAUCCUUGACCUGGAUGGAGUUUCUCGGCCGCAGAACUUGGGGGGCCGGGAGAAGGAGCCGCUCAGCAGCCAGCGGGACGGCCGCUGUGAAGGCCGCCCAGUGCCGGACGGCGACAUCAAGCAGAGAUCGCCCAAGAUGAGGCAGAGACCCCCUCCUCGCCGGGAUAUGACCAUACCUCGAGGUCUCAACCUGCCCAAGCCCCCCAUCCCACCCCAAGUGGAGGAAGAGUAUUACACCAUUGCCGAAUUCCAGACAACCAUCCCAGAUGGCAUCAGCUUCCAGGCGGGCCUCAAGGUCGAGGUGAUCGAGAAGAACUUGAGUGGCUGGUGGUACAUUCAGAUCGAAGAUAAGGAAGGCUGGGCCCCAGCAACCUUCAUCGACAAGUAUAAGAAGACCAGCAAUGCCUCCAGACCCAACUUCCUGGCUCCCUUGCCCAACGAGAUGGCCCAGCUCCGGCUGGGGGAGGCAGCGAUGGAGAACAGCAUGGGCGGUGAAGCAGGCGGCCCCUCUCGGCCCCUGCCCGAUGCUCCACUCGGUGCCGCGGACCCUGGGAUACCGAGGUCCAAAGACUGGAAGGGCGGAAAGGACGUCCUGAGAAAGGCGUCUCCCGACGUGCCGUGCACAGGCUACGAGGAGAUCUCCGACCUCAACCAGGAGGAGAAGCCCAGCCUCCCUCCCCGGAAGGAAUCCAUCAUCAAGUCGGAAGGGGAGCUGCAGGAGCGGGAGCGGCAGAGGCUGGAGCAGCUCAGGGGCUCCUCGCCCAAGCCUCCGGGCGUGAUUUUGCCAAUGAUUCCAGCUAAACACAGCCCCCCGACCCGGGACGGCAAGAAGCCAGAGCCCAAGCCUGACAAAAGCAAGGUGUUCCAGCUGAAAAAUGAGAUGGGGCUGGAGUGUGGCCAUAAAGUGUUGGCCAAGGAAGUGAAGAAGCCCAACCUCCGGCCCAUCUCCAAAUCCAAAGCCGACCCGCCGGAGGAGAAGCCGGAAGCCGUGCCCCAGAACCCCUUCCUAAAGUCCAAACCUCAGGUGAGGCCGAAACCAGCUUCCUCCCCCAGGAUCGAGGCACCUCAGGGCGAAGAGCAGGUGGAUAUCUGCAACCUCAGGAGCAAGCUCAGGCCCGCCAAGCCCCACGAGAAGCCCUUGCUGGAUGGAGAGAGCAUCCACCAGGCUGUCGGGGGCCAAGACGCGGCCUUCAGCCGCAGCUUCCUCCCAGGGGAGGGGCCUGGGCGCCCUCCGGACAGGACGGGCAAGCAGGACGGGCUCAGCCCCAAGGAGAUACCCUGCAGACCCCCUCCGAAGCCAGCCAAGACCACGGAUCCUGCGCCUAAGAACGUGCCCGUGCCUCUCAAGGAGGCUCCCCAAGAGGCUCCCCAGCAGAGACCCGUGAUCCCGCCCCGCAGACCACCGCCCCCCAAGAAGACCUCCUCCUCACCCAGGCCCCUCCCGGAGCCCAUGGGGCUGCAGCGGGAGGCCAACGAAGGCAGGGCAGCCCCUGCCCCAGGCCGGGCCCUGCUGGUCCCUCCAAAAGCCAAACCUUUUCUGGCCAACUCCUCAGGGGGCCAAGAUGACAUCCGAGGGAGAGGCGGGCUGGGCCCACGGCUGGCGGGCAAGAUGGGAGAAAACAGGGAGAAAACGGCGGCGCCCCCCUUCCCCAAUGCCGACAGCCCGAAGGACCUGUACGUGGCCGUGGCCAACUUCGAAGGGGAUGAAGACACCAGCAGCUUCCAGGAGGGGACGGUGUUCGAGGUCCGGGAGAAGAACAGCAGUGGCUGGUGGUUCUGCCAGGUGCUCAGCGGGGCGCCCUCCUGGGAAGGCUGGAUUCCUUCCAACUAUCUCCGCAAGAAGCCCUAGCCUCCCCGCGGGGAGGUCCCGCGCGUCCCCGCUGGUUUUGCCCACAUAUUUAAUAUGCCUCUUAAUUUAUCAUUCUCCACGUGGCUGCGAAGGAAGGCAGGCUCUGGAGGACUGUGGUUUCCUCCCUCCCGUGGGUGGAGCCAGCCCUGGAGGCGCAGCAGCCACGCCCUGGCUUUCUCUCCACUUGGUAUCCCUGCCUUCAGGCCUGCGGCAUCGCUGCCCGCUUCCCUGCCCACCCGGCGGCAGACCGUGACUCUCCAGGCCUCCAGGAGCGGAACCCACCACGUGGAGAACCUGCAGGAGGAUUUCUCUUUGCUGGGACGGGACCCGGCGCAGUGAGGGGAGCCCGUCCCUGGCAGCCCAUCCGGCCUGUGGCUGCUUGCUCCAACCUCUCCAUGUCUAAAAGCCGGUGACUUUAUUCACCCCCUUUCCCAAAUGCCUGGUACCAAGAAGGACUGUGCCCUAUGGAAGUGGGCUCCGUGGGCUCCUCUCCGAGGCCUCAGGCCCCUGGGCCUCUCAGGUUUGACCAGAUGCAACUGCCCCACGAGUGAGUGGGCCUGGAGGUCCACUUGGCCGGCCCUCUGCCUCCCAGCUUCUGUCUUGGGAACCUGAUCCGUCCUGAAGGGGCAGGUCCAGCCUGGAGCAAGUGCCGGCCUCCGGGCAAUCCCCGCCCCACCCUGGGGCCCUUCGCUUCUGUCCACUUAGAGCAAGAAUCUCCACGUUUGCUUGAAAAAAGAGGACCAUUAACAAGCCAUGCUCCGUUCUGAGCACCCCUUUGCCGAGUAGCCAGUCGGUCCCAAACUGUGUACAAGGCACUUUGCGUUCGUGUUUAACCCUCACAACAACCCUCUCUUGUAAUAUUAUACCCAUUUCAUAGAUGAGGAAACUUGGCGCCGUGUGCCCCAGGCACCCUAGCGAGGAAGAGGGGGAAGAGGACUUGAAUCCAGGCCUGCCUGGCUCCCACCCCUGUGCCCUUUCCGUUGGAAGAGGCAAACCAGGCAGGGGAGGGAGAGAGAGCUGAGGGAGCAGAGGGAGCUGAGGUGGUCUCACAUGCCAGCCUUGAGGGGCCCAGGUGGCUCAAAGACCAGCAGCUGGUUCUCCAUCAGGCUGAGCGUAGCGAGCAGUGGCCCCCUCAGAUGACAGGGCCAGGCAGCGCCUCCUGUCGCUCUGCUGCUGCUUCCCACUCCUCUCUGGCUCUCACAGUCCCCUUCCACACACACACACACACACGCACACGCACACGCACACACACCCCGCACGCUCCCCCUCUCUGUCUCCCUGGAUGGAACCCAGGGCAGUGCUCCCACCCAUUUGAUGGUGUGGUUCACGGCCACGUACGGGACUAGAACCAGGACCCUGGGUUUCCAGCUCCAGGCCCAGAGCUCCUGCCUGUGGGCUGGGCUGCCUGGGGGUGAGAGAGCAGUCCCCCCCACACACACCCCCACCCUGCAGGAGAGGACCUGGCCCUGUCCUGCCCCAGAGGCUCUGAGUCAGUGUUCAUUGGCUGCCAUGCCUUUGGAACCCCAAAGCCAGCUUUCCUGGGGGUGCUCGCUGUCCACCUGCAGUGCCAAAGGCCCUCCCCCACCACCUGGGCUCUGGAUGUGUCUGCGGGAGAAGGAGCCUCCUCAGACCCCAGACCGUCUCCUUCCUUCCGUCCGCCUGUAAGUCCCAUCCCGCCAACCCGGGGGCAGGGCCCAAGGUUACUCCCUGCCCCUGCUCGCCCUUGGCCCCUGCCCAGAACCCUGGGGGGAGAAGGGAGGCAGCUGGAAGAGGGCCACCCCCCUCUUCCCGGCCCCAGAGCACGUUUCCCUGAGUGUUUGCUCCCCUUUGGUUUACGCCACCUUCAUGAAGCUGUUAUGCAGGAUUUGACUACAUUUCAAGACAGAACUCUAAAUUUUUUUUCCUGGUUCCCUUUCUGCUUUCAAAGACCUUUUCAAGCUUUUCCUGAGCUCCUACUGUGUGCCAGGCGCGGGGCAGGCCAGGCUGCGCGCGGCCCCCUGCCGCCCCCUGCCCGGCUGGCUGUGGGAGCUUUGCUUUCCAUUUGCUGACUCCACUGAAGGUGCUUGUCUUUGACCUCAGACCCUCCUCCGGGGAUCAGCCGGGUGAGGAGGGACUCGUUCUUUCUCUGGGCAGAAUGUUUUUCUGCGAAUGAAAGGACUUGCCUUUAUUAUUAUUAUUUUUAUUAUUGUUGUUGUUAUUAUUCUGACGGGAACUGAAGGUACUAAAGCCACUUUCCUCUCUGUUCACUGUUCUUUCCGCGGGAUACACUGGUGUCCCACGGCCCCUCCCUCAGCACCGUUUGCCACAGGGUGGGCACGUCCCCAGCCACCUGGAAGUGGGGGUCUUAGUGGCAGUGGCUCUCCCUCGCUGUCCUUGACUGUGGACUUAGGUUCACACCCUCCAGGACUGUGGCCUCUAUUCGGUGAGCAAUUGACAGAGCAAACGCAGAACUCCCCUGGCGUUCCCGCCACAGUGGGAAUUGGCCUCCGGCUGUAGGAACGGCCCCCACACCAAGCUCCGGCAGGCCCCCGGGGCUCAGACACGCUCCCCGCUUUAGCGUGGCCCUCGAGGUAGCCCUGGGAGGGGCAUGAGGUCAGUCCCAAUCUGUAGUGAGAAAAUCGGGGUUCAGGGGGUGAGGUCGCAUUCCUGUCUUCAUCCAAAUAGUGACAGUGACCGAGCAGAGACGGGACCCCGGGGGUUUUCUCCCUGCGCCCGUGACCUACUCUGCCCCCAGCAGUGAAGUGUGUGUGGGCUUCCAGGGGAGCAGGGGGCCCUCGAGUUUCUCCUCCUCCUGCCCCACGAUGACAGGUCCGUGGGUCACAGGUAAAUGCGACUCUGGAAGGCAGACAAUGACACCGCCACCCCUCUUCCUUCCUGUAUUUCACCCUACAUCUUAGGGUAAAACUACAGCUCGUGGUGCCACCAAAUCUUAGGAAAAUCUGAGUUUGGGGGUUACCGCUUGAUAGAAUAGGCCUUUGCUGAAAUUCUUCCGCUCAGAAUUUCUUUGCCAUUCGGUGGGGUUAUGUCCUUGUCCCGGGCUGAGGCGUGGGGAGGGCUGGAGCCGCUUUUACUACCCUCGCCUUCUGAGGACUCCGAGGGCCCAGUCGGGCUUCCAGCCUUUGUGAGCCCCCGCCACGCUUUCUCAGGCUGUGUUCUCAGCCUUAAAAUAUUCCUGAGCCCACGGGGGAUUUCACUCCCAGGUGGAAGAGGAAAACAAAGGCCACAUUCAAGGGCAAGUGCCCGAUCUCCCAGGGUCUGGAAGACCUUAGGGAUGGGCAGUCUUGUGUUUAUUCAGCCCGUACCAGGUACCAGCACUGAGCGCUCCCGCCCUCACAUAGCUGAACUGGACACCAAGAAAGAGCAGGUCUCGGGCUUGGCCUUCAUCCUGUCCUUGUGCCAAGUCUCUAACUGUUGGGUCCACCCCCUCCUGGGAGGUCUUGCCUUGUCUUGGGACUGUGACAGUGGGCACACAACAGCCUCAGCCAUCCAUGGGCCAUCUUGCGCCCCCUUGGUCAUCCAGGCCCAUCCUUCCGGGCUUUUGCUGCAAGCAGCCAUACCAUGCCAUAGACCAAAGACGACCUAGUGUCAAGUUGUGGCCCAAGGAGUGGUCAUUGGCUCACACAGAGGCCUGAGGGUUCAGCUCCAAACGUAGACACAGUUCUGACUUUGCAGUUAAAGCCAGGAGGUUCCACAGCCCACUCAGACCACCUGCUGAGGACCCUUCCCACCACCGCGACCGUCCGGCUCCGUGGGGUGAUGUUUGUUUCUGGCGCUACCCUGCGGGUUCCUGAGCCCCGCCUCGUGCUUCAACAUUCCAUCCUCCUUCCCCUUUCUACCCUGUUCUCCGGAGGAGGCCUCCCUGGUUCCAACCAGGGACAAGGGGGCUCCAUCUCUCUCCUGGAAGAAGCCAAACCCAGUGCCACAGCCAGCGCUUUUCGGGUCCUCUGUGGACUCGAGGUGCCCUGCCAGGCUUGUUGCAGCAAUAAGCAAUUCUGCGGCCACAGAGGUGUCCACACCUCACCCCUCUGUAUACCUGUCCAUGCCUUUGGGCCCAUCUCACUGUUCAUGGUGCCCCUUUCACUUCCAGGGGGUGGUGAGGAGCAAUGGUCACCUUCGCCACAGCCCCCGUGUCCUGCAUCAGGGAGCAGCCACGUCAGCGGCCAUGCCUACAUCCCUCCAGGAGCAGCGGGCUCUGGCGCCGUUGCCCCGCCACCUCGUGUCCGCUCACAGGAUGAUGCUGGCGAUCUCUGGACACUCAGCACUCCUACACCCUCGGCAAAUGGACAAAUUCUGGUGGUGGUUUUUGUUUUAACACAAAAAAAUACAUGAGGAUAUAUAAUGUGAGGGGGGUGGUGGUGAACAAUUAGCUGUAGCAUGUAUAGACUAUAUACUUACCAUUAGACUUUUUUCUUUCUUUUUUUUUUUUAAUAAAAAAAUAGUGCUUGACUGGUUUCAAGCUUCAUUGUGAA